AUGUUAUCACAGUUAUUACUUCAUUUUCGGUUAAUAAUUACUUUUAUUAUUACAUUAGUAAAUUCUCAUUACUACAUUACUAUAUUUCUUGCACAUAUUCAACAAACUACCUUUGAUGUCUCGGGGUCAUCAAAUAAAAUUAAUACUGAAUUACCUGAAACUCAACCUAAUAAAGUGCAAAAAAUUAGUCAAAUAGAAGAAGAUUCUGUAACUAAAAGAACUGAAAGUGAAGAGCUCUCAAGCCAAACAUCAUACAAUAUGGGUUCGCCACUUCAUUUUUCAUCUCAAGAACAAAAUAAGGAUCAUCAAGUAAUUGCAGUUGAUCAAUCUUUAAAAGUUCCAGAUGUUAAAAUAUUAACAAAUCAUGUAAGCAAAUUAAAUAAACCAAAAUUAGCAGCAAGGCUCCUAGUUGGUAUUGCAAUAUUAACCACGCACCUUGGUGAACACCUCAAUUCUGUCCACAGAAUUUUUUCUUAUCAACAAUACGGAAAAAAUUCAGAUAGACAAACAAUAAUAGAUUCAGAUAAAUUAAUGCCGAACAUACCUUCAAUAUUUUCAAAAAUGGAAGCUCAUAAGCCGUUGUUAAAAAGUGCCUUGAAAGACACAGAAUGGCCACUAUUGGAAGAUGAAGAUUCUGAAUCAGAACCUGAAGAUUUGACUGAAUCAUUAGAACAACCAACAAUAUCACAAUUACAAAAAAAAAAUAACUUAUCCAUCGUUGAACCCAUUCAUGAUGUAAAGACCAGAUGGAAUUCGACUUUUUUGGUCUUAAAAAGGUUACUUCAAUUACAAGAUGCUGUAGAGCAACUCACAAGGUCUUUAUAUCAUCAUCCUGAUUUUCAACAAAGAAAGGAUAGACAAACUUUAAGUGAAAAAACACAGAAUAGAUAG